AUGUGGGUUGCCAUUCCCCAAGCAUGGCGAGCAACCUUCUUGCAUAUCAUAAAGCAUGGCUUGGGUGGGGGUUCUGCUGCGCUUGGGGGCUCUUGUGGGGAGCGGUGCUUGGCAGCGAUUUUGGGGGCUGCCGAUGGCGCGCGUGGCUCUGGCGCUGUGCGAUGCCGCAAGCCUGCCGCCGUAAGGCUCCCCGAAAAUACGGGGCGUGGUGCCGCGACGAGCUCGCCGGCAUCACCGAGGCGCUGUGGGGGUAAAUUCUCCUCUUCUUCACUUGGGGCCGCUCACGUAAGGUGUGUGCCUCGCAAAAAUGCCUUGGUCCUGGAAAAAGGGGUGUGCCUCAUUAUGCCGCGGCGCCUUGUGGACUGA